CUCCGCCGUUAUGGAUGUUGUUCUUUGUCGCGGAAGCGGAGUGCUUCAGUCAUGCGUAAUGACAAAAGACACCGAAUUGCUUUUAAAGCACCUCAAUUGUGGAUUUAAUGUGAAUUCUGUUAAUAAAUAUCAUGAAUCUGCGUUAUUUGUUGCUGCAUACUAUGGAGAAAGUGAAAUGCUAAAUCUACUUAUUAAUUUUGGAGCAAAUGUGAAUUGCACUACUGUUGACAGAAACACACCGUUACAUGCCGCAGCUUAUUCAGGACACAAAGCUGCUAUGGCCAUUUUGUGUGCUGCCGGCGCCAAUGGAUCGCUUAAAAACAACCAGGGAUAUACUGCUGAAAUGCUUUUCGCGUUGAGAAACAACGAAGGUGGCACAAGCUUUAUAGAGAGUGUUGCCCCGAUUGGACGGAGAAAAAUUCAGAAAGCGUCAAACCUCGCUCAAAAAACGGCGUUGCUUGCCAGUAUAAAAUUCAGGAACAAUGUAAAAAGGAGUGCAAACAAUACACCUUAUACGGUUACGUCUAAUUCAAUAGGCUAUUUCUUGCCUAAUUUAGCUCGUUCGCAGUGGUACUUUACAGCUAUACCUGUUAUCUCAAACGACGAAUUGGAUACUGCAGGUGUUUCUGCUCCUUUCUUUACUGAAAUGCUUCAUGUACAUACCAGUCAUGGCAAGUGGCGAGGAGUUGCCAUCUCCGUCCGCUGCACCGACCAGGAAUCUUUAUCCAAAGCGCAUUCAUCAAAAGACAUGCGUUCCAUAUUUGAAUAUCGAUUGGCUCGGGAGUUGCAGAUUGUCGGUCGACUCCAACAUCCGCACAUCCGCAGUCCACUGGCUCUACUUCUGGAUGCCAACACCACUUCCAGACCGCCCAAGCCAAUCGAUGUGGGACUGGUGUACGAACGGCCCCGUCUGGGUUCUUUGUAUCAGUUCAAACAGGACAACUUGGAAGAAAUCCCAAUUCUAUCCGCCCUGACCGUGUGCCGCCAGGUCGCCGAGGCUCUGCAGUUUAUUCAGUCGUUCGGACUCGUUCAUUGCAACGUUACCCCACACUCGAUCCACCUGUACACGAUUGAUCAUGCGAAGCUGGCGAACUUCGAAUAUGCCAUCAGCCUAAGUGAUACAUCGUGGACGUCUAUUCACAACAGCGGCGUUCGGUCCACGGUAAGACGCAUGCUAGACGAGGAACCUUUUCGUUUCACCUCAGCUGACUUGUAUCAUUGUGCUCGAUUGUUGCCACCGGACCAUUUGGCUGAUUGGCUACCCCCGGAACUGUUCCCUUGUCCAGCGAAUCCACACUGUGGCGCGGAAUCCACUGGCGCUGUGCCAGUUCCAGAGGAGAUCACCCAUCAGACGCCGUGCUACACCUCGGAUGUGUAUAGCCUGGCCAAGGUGGUAAAGUACCUCCUACCUUCAACGCAAUAUGACCUGCCAGACUGUGUUGAGAGUUACGCAGAUCAGCCGACGUACGUGAAAAAUCCAAGAAUGGUAUUGGAAGCCGCACUCAAGCAUCGCCCGGAGGAGCGGCUUCCGUUAAAGCAGUUUCACAGGUUGCUCAUACACCUGUUCUGGAGCGAAUACGAUCAAAUGAAGUUCCCAAAACCGUCCGUAGCAAAUACACUGCCUUGUCCUCUGCGCCUGUGUAGGCAUGGAAAUGAGAUCGGUACAGAUGGGCAAGGCGAAGGAGACCGACGCUAUCAACUGACCAGUCUGCAAAAAUCGCAUGUAUCACCAAAAGGGUCCGCAUUUUCGCGAGAUACGAGCUCAAAGUCACCGGAAUCGAGGCGAUGUUAUGUGACCCGUCGUAAAUCCUAUCAAGGGAACCAACAGACACACCCGAAGGGACUGAACGGGGGAAACGAGAACAACUCUGCGUUGUCAAAAAGUGACAGUGAAAAUACUACCCAUGUGCUUUCGUCACGUGGUGUUCCAGAUGCCACAUCUUCAAAUAAACCGGCUAAUGGACAUUCUCCCGAUGUAAUUGAUUUCUCCCGAUACACGCGGAAUUCUUUCAGAUCCCCUUCUUGUUCCUCGACAUAUCCAAAUGUAAAUUGCGAUACUUAUCGAUGGGAUGACAAUCACGACUGGAGUAACCUCACUGGCAGUUACUCAUCACCAAGCCAUAUGGAUAAAACCAAAAAUCAGAAACCACAUGAACUGGUCGCGAAUGUCGGACCACAGCAGCGCCCUGGUGGAACGGUCGAAACUGGAAAACCUGUAGAAAACCAAGGAAACGGGGAACACAUGCGAAUGUCCUCAAAAUUAGCCAGAAUCUAUCCAAUGGUAAGUAACUGGAUCAAACAGAAAUUGCUGGAGGGACAAUCCUCCAAAUUUCCAUGCGAACAAUUUUCCCCUUCGAAUCAAUGCGCCCACAACCCGACAUCUUUUAAAAAUCCGGAUUGGUCAAGGAGUGAAGAACCCGUGGUUCACAGAAAGCCGCACUCCACAAUAAGAAACGGAACACUCUCGCGUUCUGAGUACGUUCAACUGGCAGCCGUACCACGAGUCCCGGAGGGUGUAGAGGUACCUCCCGUUGUAGCUCCUUGGCGAACUCCUUGCGCCCCAUAUUGGCGGUUUGCUCGGUUGGCCGGCAAACGGAAAGAAAGCGAUUCAUCAAAUGUUUUGCAUAAUGUUUCUCAGCCGACGUCAAUGUCCAGACAUCUUGGGGAUGAAUGUGGUUACAACGGUGGAUAUUUGCAUACUCAAUGUACGCCCGUGAAACCCGCCUCUCACAUCACCCGGUUGCCAUUGACUAGAACGCAGUACAGUGAGGUAACUGGUAAACCGGAUUUGAUUCGUUGUGCAAGCCUGCUCAGUCGACGUAAUCGACUAACGAGGAGUGAUCGGUGGAAUUCACCCACUGGAAUGCCCUGGGAAGUCACGAAUGCACACCGCGGACGAACGUGGGAACGCAAAAUGCGACGUUGCUGUAGUUGCCCCACACUAACUUUUGCUUAUCAACCGAGCACCCGAAGGCCAUCGAAAUGGUGUACGUUUCAGCGAGAAAUCCCCCGCGCUGUGAAAGAUCUAGCCCCAUUGCAGUCUCCUCCUACUUCUGCAUGGAACGUGACCCAUUUGGCAAAGAACGCACUCACAGCACGUGUCCCGUUAUCUCAGCCUACAGUGAAUAAUCGCAAAGUAAAAACGGUCAACCCCGAAGCGGAUGAAUAUUGCCGAGUUGAUGGCCAAGUCUUUUUGUCACAAAUGAAGCCAGCAAGCCGGGUAGCACGGAUGGUGGAGCAUUUUGAACACCAACUGUCUGUUCCGUCGUCAUCGGCACCAAUUACCACUACUCCGUUGCGACGAGUGUGCGUGCCCCCCGAUUCAGGGAAGCAAUCCGCAGCGGCUGGACUCCGGACUCCUGGUGUUAUAACAGUGUCGCGUGCAUCUUUUGCUGUCUGUUCCCUCCGGCCAACGCUAGUGAAUUCCGACACAAACCCAAAGGAGGCCGGGGUGCCGAAAAACCGGAAUCUCCUGCUUGGACCAGAAGCUGCUGUAAUCAGUGGUAGAAAUGUGGAUAGUACCGUGUCCCACCGGAUAACAACUGAGGAGACAAUUGUCGACCAGAACCAAGUAUUCACCUCGAGGACACACAUGCAGACGUCAGCUGAAGUUCAAAGACAGCUGAUGAAAAAUGGACUCUCCUCCCCUGUAAAGAAUAUUAUGCAAGAUGGUUCCGAUACCCUAAUUGAAUUAGAGAGCACUGGAAAUGCGUGUCUCAUGAACAGUUUCCUCCAGGUAUCCAAACCAGAUCAAUGGGCAAAGUGUUUCCGAGAAUCUUCAAACCGUCUCACUGAUGAUCGUACUGCGAGAUCCGGCAAGUUCACUCAACCGAACCCUUCACUGGCUUCCAAUGAGGAUGAAAAUCGUCGUGAUCUAGAUGGGUUGUCGUCAAAGUCACGCAAGACGAAAGGGCUGGGCAAGCUGCAGCAGGAUGACGCCACCAUUACUUUACCGUUACAUCAUAAGGUUAGCCAACCUUCCGGACUACAACAAUUGGAUGUCACGGGACAUUUGUUUACGCUGAGCAAUGCGGAAUUCCAAACGCAGUCAGUCCAACAUAGUGACGGAGACUACACAACAUUUCUCACAGUCCCUCUUUCGGCGAUCGUGGUUCCCGAUGUCAUGGCGACGAGUUCAAAGCCAGCGAGCACCGUGAUCGAACGUUCGCCCUCUUUCUACCGGUGGCGCAGAGAUAAAGGCAUUACGCACUCUCACACGAUCAGUCCCAAACAGUGCAAUCCGACUCUGAAAAUGCCGCCUAAGUUUUCGGCAGAAGACGAAAAAGAGAACCAAAACCCAAUGUCAUUUUGCACCCAAAACGCGUGAGGUUUACGCGGAUUCCUUGGUCGAUUGUCUACUUGCUUCGGAAGCCCAGCGUCACAGAACAAAAAUGUCUUCUCUUUCAAAUCAGGAUGUAGUUUUCGAGAUCCUUUUGUAUUCUAGCCACAUGAUAUUUGUUCUAGCUUCAAGCGAUUUUAAAAUGACACUCUACAAUGGUGGAUACUGACAUUAUUUCGAAUACAGUCAUUGAUCUGAUGAUUUGAAUGUGAAAUUCUGUAUGCUACUUCUUGACAUGUAUUUGAUCUGAACGUCCGGAAUGAAAAGACUGUAGUAAUA